CUGCCCGCCCGCCCGCUCACUUCUCCGGGGGAACUUUCUGCAUGACUGUCUCUAAGAUGUCAUGGCGGCCGCAGUAUCGCAGCUCCAAAUUUCGAAACGUCUACGGCAAAGUGGCCAACCGAGAGCACUGCUUUGACGGGAUUCCAAUCACCAAGAACGUCCAUGACAACCACUUCUGUGCAGUCAAUACCAAAUUCCUCGCCGUAGUAACAGAAAGUUCCGGUGGGGGCUCCUUCCUUGUCAUUCCCCUGGAACAAACCGGCCGGAUUGAACCGAACUACCCCAAGGUUUGUGGCCACCAAGGCAACGUGCUGGAUAUUAAGUGGAACCCUUUCAUUGAGAACAUCAUUGCAUCCUGCUCAGAGGACACCUCAGUGCGGGUAUGGGAGAUCCCAGAAGGAGGCUUGAAGCGCCACAUGGCGGAGGCCGUCCUGGAGCUCUACGGACACAGCCGGCGUGUCGGCCUCGUGGAGUGGCAUCCGACCACCACCAACAUCCUGUUCAGUGCCGGAUAUGACUACAAGGUUCUCAUCUGGAAUCUGGACAUCGGUGAGCCGGUGAAAAUGAUUGACUGCCACUCCGACGUCAUCCUUUGCAUGUCCUUCAACACAGAUGGUAGUUUGCUCUCCACCACUUGCAAAGACAAGAAGCUCCGUGUCAUCGAGCCACGUUCUGGCAAAGUCCUCCAGGAGGCGAACUGCAAGAACCAUCGCGUGAACCGGGUUGUCUACUUGGGGAACAUGAAGCGUCUUCUAACGACGGGCGUCUCACGAUGGAACACGCGGCAGAUCGCCCUCUGGGAUCAGGAAGAUCUCUCCAUGCCCUUAAUAGAGGAGGAGAUUGACGGGCUGUCGGGACUCCUGUUCCCCUUCUAUGACGCAGACACACACAUGCUGUACUUGGCUGGCAAGGGAGAUGGGAAUAUCCGAUACUAUGAAAUCAAUACAGAGAAGCCAUACCUCACUUACCUCAUGGAGUUCCGCUCCCCAGCCCCACAGAAAGGCCUUGGAGUGAUGCCAAAGCACGGCCUGGACGUGGCUGCGUGUGAAGUGUUCCGGUUCUACAAGCUCGUUACUUUGAAAGGGCUAAUUGAGCCGAUUUCCAUGAUUGUGCCAAGGAGGUCAGAAACAUACCAAGAGGAUAUUUACCCAAUGACUCCAGGAACGGAACCUGCCCUCACACCGGACGAAUGGCUAAGUGGAAUGAAUAGAGAUCCCAUAUUGAUGUCUUUAAAGGAAGGCUACAAGAAAGCAUCCAAAGUAGUUUUUAAGGCACCCAUAAGAGAGAAAAAGAGCGUUGUUGUGAAUGGGAUAGACCUCUUGGAAAAUGUUCCCCCCAGAACAGAGAAUGAGCUCCUCCGAAUGUUCUUUCGGCAACAGGACGAGAUCCGGCGGUUGAAGGGUGAGCUUUCGCAGAAGGACAUCAAAAUCCGACAGCUACAACUGGAACUGAAAAAUUUGCGCAAUAGCCCGAAGAACAAUGAACUCUAGAGGACGUUUUCUAAACAAACUCUUCGUUUAUAGCCACUCUUUAAUUUACUGUAUCCACUUAACACAUGAUAUGAGCCAGAGACCCCAUGCCAAUACUUGGGUUCACCUGCUAACUGGAAGUAUGUUCUUCUGUGGUCGUUACCUAGCACUAAAAGACGUUAUCUGUAUGAUGUAACUGAGAACUACUGCAUGAAAAGAACAAGGGAUUCAUGUAUAUCCCAGGUUUCUCUUGGAGUAAGUAGAAGAGUACAUUUGUUUCUCAAUGCCGCAAAGUUAUGGAAUUAACCAAAGGGCGCCACAGUUUUUCGUUUCGACCUUGAUCAUUCAGGGAACAAAAGAGGAAAAUCUGCCUGCCCUUGCUGAAAGCAACUGAAUUUAUAGCGAUUAAUAUUCUUUUUCCUAUGCAAAGUGUGACUGACAAUGCGCACUGGGUACAGAACUGGAAUUCAGGUCCACAAAACUGGAAGGUACAAGGUCUAAACAUGACUUCACCCCCUUUUCCUGUGACAUGCCCAGGAGAGUGUGCUGCACCAGCCAAGCGGUGAGCCCCAGCGUCCCACCCAUGCCAGGGGACACUUCACUGCUUUCCCAGUGCUCCUCAAUGGACUGGCAUUGAAGGGGGCAGAUAGCCUGCUUGUUACCAAGGCACAACUGACCAGGGAUUUCUCCAAUGAAAAAGGGUGGAGCUUUCACCAGAUCACGGAUACAGGCCGGCUCUGGCCCCUGGCUAUUAAUCCCAACUCUUAAAAUAGAAAGGUUUGUCACUCUGCUCCCUCAAGUGGUUGUGAACACCCACACGAGGAUGCAAGGAUCUUGCAGACCAACUUAAUAGAAGACUUGAGUGGAAAUUGUAAGCCAUUUUGAAGGCCUUUGGGCAAAAAGGGGCCUAAAAGUAUUAAUGUAAUAAACAGUGUGGUCCCAUUGGAGAUACCAACUAGUUGUACCAAGAAAG